UUCCAGCAGCAGGUGUACAAAAGCCUCCCGCUCCUCAGCUGGGCUCCAUUUGACCACCUCCCAUCCCCAGAGAGACCCAGGACCCCAGAGACGCCCAGAGACGCCCAGAGCGGAGCGACCAUGAGGAGCCUGAACAACCGGGCCGAGAGCCACCUCAGCGGACAGGUGGAGUGUGAGUUGGAGCGCGUGGGGCCCGGGGCCUGGGUGAACCAGGGCUACCGCGGCACGCCCCCGCCCCCGCCCAGGGCGGUGAGCACCAUCUACGACCCCCAGCCCCUCUACCCCAGCCUGGGUCCGCUGGAGGGCGCGAGGGGCAUGCCGGAGCCGGGACCCCUGAACUCGUUCAAGACCCAGCCAGAGGCCCCCAAGAAGCGGAGGGGCUGUUGCUCCUUCGUCAAAGGGCUGUGGGGCACAACUCUGACCGAAGACAACUCGGACAACAGAGAGCAGUUCAUGCGGACCACUCUGAGGGAGCUACUGGUUUAUCUGGUGUUCCUGGUAGAUAUAUGCCUUCUGACGUAUGGAAUGACCAGCUCAAGCACCUACUAUUACACCAAAGCCAUGACGGACCUGUUUGUGAGCACAAGCGGCGACGGCGGCGUGGCCUUUCAGUCUAUUGACAGCAUGAGCGACUUUUGGAUCUAUGCUAAGGGCCCCUUGUUGGAUGGCCUCUACUGGACCAAGUGGUACAACAACCAGCCGCUGGCCAGUGGGGAGAGGUCCUUCAUCUACUACGAGAACAUGCUGCUGGGGGUGCCGCGAAUGCGCCAGAUCAAGAUCAAGGACAACUCCUGCAAGGUCCACAGCGACUUCCAAGACGAAAUCAAGGGCUGCUUCGACGUCUACAACGAGAUCAAAGAGGACGACCAGGGCUCUCGAGACAUCAACGGCACCGCCUGGACGUACCACACAGAGAAGGAGAUCAACGGCUCUGCCCACUGGGGGUUGCUCACCUCGUACAGCGGGGCAGGCUUCUACCAGGACCUGAACACCACCAAGGCAGAAAGCGCUGCUGUGGUGGGCGAGCUGAAGGAGAACCUUUGGUUGGACCGAGGCACCAGAGCGGUCUUCGUUGACUUCUCCACUUACAACGCCAACAUCAACAUGUUCUGCGUCAUCAGGUUGCUGGUUGAAUUCCCAGCUUCUGGUGGCGCUAUUCCUUCCUACCAGAUAAGGACAGUGAAACUGAUCCGCUAUAUCACCUACUGGGAUUACUUCAUACUGGGCUGCGAGUGUGUCUUCUGCUUGUUCAUCCUCUAUUAUAUUGUAGAGGAGAUUCUUGAGUUGCGAAUACACAAGUGCUCUUACUUCAAAAGUGUCUGGAACAUAUUGGACGUCGUUAUAAUAAUGCUUGCCAUCGUUGCGGUGGUGUUCAACGUUUUCCGCACCAUCAAAGUAGACAAGCUGCUGGGCAAACUUUUGCAACAACCAGACAUCUAUGCCGACUUUGAGUUCCUGGCAUUCUGGCAAACACAAUACAAUAAUAUGAAUGCAGUCAACCUGUUCUUCGCUUGGAUAAAGAUUUUCAAAUACAUCAGUUUCAACAAGACGAUGACUCAACUGUCCUCGACGCUGGGUCGAUGUGCGAAGGACAUCCUUGGAUUUGCGGUCAUGUUCUUUAUCGUGUUCUUCGCUUAUGCUCAGCUUGGUUACCUUCUCUUUGGGACGGAGGUGGAUUCUUUCAGCACCUUCGUCAAGUGCAUGUUCACACAGCUCAGGAUAAUCCUCGGCGACUUUGACUACAACGCGAUAGAGCGGGCCAACAGGGUGCUUGGCCCCAUCUACUUCUUCACCUAUGUGUUCUUUGUCUUCUUUGUCCUGCUGAAUAUGUUUCUGGCCAUCAUAAAUGACACGUAUUCUGAGGUGAAGGAGGAGCUCUCAUUGCAGAAAGAUGAUCUUCAGAUUACGGACCUCAUCAAGCAGAGCUAUAUGAAGACAUUCAUGAAGCUGAAGCUCAAAAAGGAGAAAAUAUCAGAUGUCCACAAAGCACUACGAUCAAAAUCUGGGGAGAUUGAGUUCAAGGAUUUCAGAGAAACCCUGAAGGAGAUGGGACAUGCCGACCAUGAAAUCUCUGCAGCCUUCUCUCGGUUCGACUACGAUGGUAACCAAGUUCUGGACCGAGAAGAGCAAGAGAGGAUGAAGGCCGAAUUGGAGGAGAAGAGGGAGGCUCUCAGUGCUGAACUCAACCAGCUCGGGAGGGAUUACGAUAAAGGUUCAGAGGAGGAGACGUCCCUUAACACAGCGCAGAAGGAAACAUCCAAUCAAACCACGGUGGAGCAUAGGGAGAUUCAGAGGUUGUCCAGACAGGUUGUUCAACUGGAAAGCUCUAUUUCAGCCAUUGUGCCGCAAAUUGACAUGAUUAUGAAGAAGCUGGGAUUUAAGUAAACGGCCAGAACAAUGAAUUUUACUCAGAUGCCAAUUUCUCAGCUCAAACAGAUAGUUGGAUUAAACAGAGAAACCUUACCGGAAGCAGUCCCUUCAGUUCAUUAUGCAUAAUAAUAUGCUCCUCAUAUGUAACCCAAGUAGAACUUACUGUCUAUGAUUCUCAAAUUUGACCUCCCUGUAGGAACAUGAUGUUCUUUUGAGAAGUAUGACAGUAACAGUUCUUUGCAACAUUUCAAUGGUGUUUACCAUUUUGCAUUCACUUCAGCUUGUAUCUUGGAGCAUGAACACAAUUGAACAGUAGUCCAAUCAAUACUAAAAGGAAAUCGAGUGCAUUAUUUUAAGAACCAUAUUCAAUAGCAUAAAUCAAUAUUCUUCUAUAAAAUACUUAAAUAGCCUUCCACAAAUUACAAGCAAGCAUUAUGUGCAUGUAGGCAUUUUAGGUUAUAGGUUAUAUAUUAAUGCAGUGUGGUAGAUUUAAAACAAUAUUAUUAUGUGGUUAGCUUGGAUUGCUUUUGCUGUCUUUACAAUAUUCAAUAUGAUGUUUGUUUAUUAUCUUGCUAUUUCCACACUAGUACAAAGAUUAAAUAACUGUAUGCUAGGGAAGCUUUAGCUCAAAUUGAUAUCUUACAAAUGAAUGUAAUCAAUGUUAAUGCUACAUUCGCCUUUGUCAAUUCACUGUGGCGCGGCUAUCUCUGAGUAUAUUAUACAUACUUGCUAAAAACACAUGAAUCAAUGUACAGGAUUUCUAAAUGCUUACGAUUGUGUUUAUUAUUCUGUGUAUGUAGUGCAUGGUUAACUGUUUAUGUUUUUGUGAUGUGGAUAAGUUAGCCAAAAUACUAGACUAUUUAUGCAAUGUCUAUUUGUAAUGAGAUAGUCUUGCAUUAACUUGAAAACUUUGUCCAAAAUCUAAAUUCGUACGAUUUUGUACUACUUGAAUUUGAACAUACAGGUACGUAUAUUUUUUGCCUGAGGCAAAUCAGCACAAUAUUCAUAAUACAAUAGCUUUAAUGUUUACCCUCUAAAAAUUGCACAUUUGUAUGAAUUAUUACACAAAAAUCUUUGACUGUAUAUGUAUUGUAUAUAAAUGUGUUAUUUUCCCAAUAAGAGAACAGACACAUUCUAAAGUGAAUUAAUAGAUUGAUGGUGGUAUUUUACAUUCAUAUGGGAAGCAUUAAAUAGAAUAAAUGUUCAUGAAUAACAUGUUUCAAAAGUUCCUUUAUUUUGGAUGGGUUAUUUGUGUCUUCUGUUUGAAUGAAAUGUUACAAGUUAUCCAGUAGUGCGAUCCAAUUCAGCAUUUGAAUUUCAACUGUCACAAAUAAACUUGCUAUUACAUUCAAUUUUUUAAGCAUCAGAUAUAUUACAUGUCAAACAUGCAAUUCCAACAUAAACAUUGUCCAUUUCCUUGUACUCUCUAAAAAUGGCACAAAUAACUACAAUGGGGAAACUUUCGAUUUGAAAUUCACCUGAAAUUGCAAUGAACCUAAUUAUUACAAUUUGCACACAUUGGCAAUUAUGGCGUAUCCAUAAAUUAUAUUGCUAAAUUCUAUGAAUGGAAAUUAGAUUACCUACAUUAUGUACAUAAUCGUCCACUUUUUUAAAGGGUUUAUAUUUACAAAUCCACAUGACCAUGUUCAGUUGUUGCUUUUUAACACAAAAGGAGCUACUUUUAUAAGACUGUACAUAAUGGCACACAAAUUCAAAUGAUAGGACACAAAUAACAAAUUAUUAUAGCAUUCCCAACUGCUAUUAUAAAUGCUUCAGUCUAAAAUGCUUCUGGAAGUUUGAACAGCUAAACAAUGGUUGAAUGUGAAUUCAGUUUGAACGAAGGAUGACAUAAGGUCGAAUCAUUGAAGAAAUUGAUUCAAAAAAUAAAUUAAAGAAAAUAUGGAUUUAGUCCUGGAGAGUUACCUUCGUGAACCAUCUUAUAAUCAUGUAAAACACCAAGCAAAUUUAUAUGAAGCAUUGUUUUUUCCUUUUGAUAAAGGGGAUAAAUCAUGACGUCAAUCACAAUGGCUAGUUUACAGAUUAUUGUUCGAAAUUAGUUAUUCUGUGUAUAUAAAAAAAACUGAUUUAAAAAGGGAGCCUUUACAAUUUUCUGUGAAGGGAAUCAAUGUCACAGGAAUAAACUACCAUUUUAGAUCCAAGGACAAACACGGGAGACAAAUCCCAGAAAGAGUUCAAAUCAUUAUCUGUACAAAAGGUUUUUGGUUUGGGAGAAAAACAGAUGGGAGUUUAAGCUAUUUACAUAGUAUGCAUACACCUCACAUAUUCUGGCCAUGACCUAUGAGAUAGAGG